CGCUCCUUCGGUCUCUGUGGACUGGCUGUUUGUCUCCGUGUCUGUUUUGCUCCGCCACAGGUGCAUAGAUACAUCUGCGUCCUUCAGAACACGGAGGCAGGAGGAUGUGUUUGUGGAGUAGCAUCACAGCAGCAGCUGCAAAACAGCUGUCAUCGUUUCACUUUAGUGCAAAGAAUCUGCUGCAGCGGCAGAAGGAGGAGAAUCUGAGGGGAGGUCUACUGGGCUGCUUCUAAACAGAAAAAUAGAAACGAAAAAGUGGAAGGAAGAAAAGAUGGAUUCCAUCUCUAUGAAAGGGUGCACAAGGAGCCCUGUGUUCCUCACAGCUUCUUCCUCACACUUCAGUCACCCACCAGCUUGUAUGUUCCACUGCAACAAACCAGCAGAUUCUGGACCGUCCUGCCUCGUCCGUACCACAGUGGCUGUCCUUGGGUCAGGUGACUUCUCCAAGAGCAUCACCAUUCGCUUACUUCGUUGUGGCUUCAAGGUGGUGAUAGGCAGCCGCCGUCCCAAACUGGCCUCUCAUUUCUUCCCACAUGUGGUUGACGUGUCACACUAUGAGGAUGCCAUCAAGAAAUCUAACAUUCUGUUCUUGGCUAUCCAUCGAGAACACUACUCAGUGUUAUGGGACCUCAAGCAUCUCAUGGCAGGAAAGGUCCUUGUUGAUGUGAGUAACAAUCGGAGACUGAACCAGUAUCCAGAAUCGAAUGCUGAAUAUCUGGCUGCACUGCUGCCAGACUCUGUCGUGGUUAAAGGGUUCAACAUCAUCUCUGCCUGGGCCAUGCAGCAGAGCUACCCAAAAGAUGCCAGCACCCAGGUCUUCAUCUGCAGUGACUCGAUAGAGGCUCGCCAGCUGAUCAUGGAAUUGGCACGCCAGCUCAACUUCCAGCCUGUGGAUAUGGGCCCCCUGUCUUUGUCCCGUUACAUCGAGAACAUCCCUGUCCAGUUAUUCCCUGGUUGGAAGGGCCCUGUCCUUGCUGCUGUUGCCCUCUCCAUCUUCUUUUUUGGUUAUUCUUUUGUACGUGAUAUAAUUCACCCAUAUGUGAAGCACAAGCAGAGUGACUUCUAUAAGAUUCCCAUAGAGAUAGUGAAUCACACCUUGCCCACUGUUGCCAUCACUCUCUUGGCCCUGGUGUACCUGGCUGGCCAGCUGGCUGCAGCUCACCAGCUUUACUAUGGAACCAAGUACAAGCAGUUCCCUCAUUGGUUGGAAAGCUGGCUACAGAGCAGGAAACAACUGGGUCUGAUCAGCUUUUUCCUGGCUGCUGUCCACAUUCUCUACAGCCUCUCUUUGCCCCUGAGAAAGUCUGAGAGGUACCUGCUACUCAACACCGCCUACCAGCAGAUUCAUGCUAAUAUUGAAAAUUCAUGGAACGAGGAGGAAGUGUGGCGGGUAGAGAUGUACGUUUCCUUUGGGAUCAUGAGCUUUGGGCUCAUGUCCCUCCUGGCCAUCACCUCCAUUCCUUCUAUCAGCAACUCUCUCAACUGGCGGGAAUUCAGCUUUAUCCAGACCACUCUGGGUUACAUCGCCCUUCUCAUUGCUACUAUUCAUGGCCUACUGUUUGGCUGGAGACGGGCCUUGGAUCAGGAUGCCUACCGCUUUUACCUACCCCCCAGCUUUGUGGUGUCCCUAGCUCUGCCUGUCUGUGUCAUACUGGGAAAGGUGCUAAUGUUGCUUCCCUGUGUAGGUCACAAGCUUCACCAGAUUCGCAAGGGUCUGGACACCAGUCCCUGCAAAGCCCGGCGUCUGGAGCCGGUUGGCUCAGCAGCAAACAUUUCACCAGAGAGAGUUACCAUUAUGUGAUUUACUCCAGUUUUUUGCUCAUUGAUGUGACUAAGCACUUUGUGGUUUUAUCCCUAUGAACAUACCAACCAUACCAACCACUGUCUUUCUCUCAGCAGUUUUGCUGAGUUGUGUGCUGUGUACAUGUGACCAUGUUAGGUCUGAUGUCACAGUUUUCUCCAAGUAAAGCUGUAGCACUGAAUAACCUUACUGUCAGCAUAAAAAGUCUUCUUCUAGUGUUUUAUGAACACAAUGCUUUCAUUCUUUUAUACUUUUAUUUGAAAUUUUAUUCCAAUUGGUUAAAUUCUUGUUCUCCUAAGUCUGGUAAAUCAUGCUUGUGCCCAAACGUUUGCUAAUCUCCAAGAGAAGCUCUGUCAUUAUUAUGUAGUAGAAAUAAAAACAAUGUUUCAGCAGUUAGUGAAUGCUUUAAACUAAUAACAGUCCCAGUGACUCAUUGAGCCAUCCAUGUCCACUGAGGUUGAUGGGUUUUAUUUUCAAGCAUUUGCCCUGAGAAAGAAGACGAAGUGGAGCCUGUCCUUUGAAAAUCUUGCAUACAUUCUAGCACGAUUCACCUGCAAUGUGACGGAUAUCCUGUACAGUUAGCUGAAAAACAAACUUUGGUUUGGUUGUUCGAAGGAAAUGCUAAAAAUAAAACAUACAAUGACCUGGUCGAUUAAGAGUGUACAUUCUGAAAGUAUGGAAUUCUAAAACCGUUCAGUUUUGGGGUUAAAGGUCACUCCACUCUUGCACCUCAAUAGGUUCUACACAUGGAAUCCUCACUUGAGUUACAGUUUAUGUUACUGCUCUUCUUUUGGUGGAUCUCAACCAGUGACAUGCCGUCAGGGAAGGCAGGUGAGUCUCUGCCUCACCUGUCAUCAUGGAUAAAUAAUAUAUAAUGAUAAGCUCAUUUACAUUGCUAUAUUCACCCUGUGGUUUGCACUAUAAAGUAUUUAUUUUUCAUUUAGCUUAACCAAUUUUGAUUAUAUUUUUCUUCAUAAUUGCUGAAUUUUCACAAUUUUCCAUUCAAAUGCAGCUGGUGAGGCAGCAGGAAGCUGAGCCUCACCUUGGACUGUCCAACAUCUCGCUAACUGCACUGGCUGCCACUCGAUGAGAGCAUGAUCCUCCUGUCUGUUUGUUGCCAAUAAAAUGGCUAAAAACAUUCAAUAUAUAAACUGAUUUUCCAUAAUGCAUUUA